UUAAUUAAACAAGAAGAAAUAGAAGCAAUAAGGGAGUAUAUAAGUAGGUUUAAGUUAAAAGUAGAAUUUUACUGUUCAAAAGAGUUUAAUAAUACUGAAGAGUUGGUGUUACAAAUUGAGAAAAUUAAAAAGAGAAGGAAUAACAAAGAAGAAUCACAGAAUUCUAUAUCUGAAGAAGGAUUAUCAAUAGUUAUAAGAGAAGUUAAAGAAUUAACAACUAUGUUUAAAGACCUAAAGAUAAAUGAGUU